GAUUUUCACUGCGGUGAUUCUGCGGCUCUCUGACCCGCCUCGGGGCUCCAGACCCGUGUCAACAAGCAGCAUGGCGGAACCUACCGUCCGGGUGUCCGGUACCGUGUUGGCUUCUCUCAUGUUCCAGCAUCUGAACAGCGACUCGGACGUGGAGGGUUUGGUUCUGGGUGAAGGCAGGAUUGAAGAGCAGGUCACCAUCAGCGACUCCCAGGCUGAUCACAUCCACAUUGAGGAAACGUACAACGUCCAGAAGCACAUCGCCUGCCACAGACUGAACACUCUGUACAGCAGCACUGGAGAUUUGAACAUGGAGGCUGUGCAGAAAAUGCUGGUGGACAAUAAACGGGAGAGCGUGAUCGGCUGGUACCGGCAGCGGCGGAACACGGAGCAGCAGAUGACCCUCAGAGAGAAGCUGAUCCACGAGAACCUGAAGAACGUUCUGUCCAACCCUCACAUGAUCUUCCUGCUGCUGACACCCAGCAAGGUGACACCCUCAGGCUCCACCCACAGGAUGGAAUACUCCGCCUUCAUCUCCCGCAGCAGGUGCUUCGUGAACGUUCCCAUCCUCGUCACUAACCUGGGUCUUCUGGAGCAGCUGGCCUACUGGAAGGUCUCGACGUCCUGCUCAGCAGCCGGCUACAGCCUCACCAUGAAGAAACAUGGGUUCUUCUCGUCAGACGGGCUGCUGAAGGAGGUGAACAGCAUGAACGAGUCGCUGCAGGUGGAGCUGCAGAAGUCCUGCAGAGACGUGGAGGAAAGCGAACGUCUGGUUGAAGCUCUGCAGGCCGAAGUUUCAUCUCUGAGGAGACGACUGAAGGAGAAGCAGCAGAAGGAAGCAACUGAAGUAGAACCAGAACCGGUCCGUUCAUCCAACCAGAGGAACGUCCGGCUGCAGGAGUCCGUCUCGUCUCUGUCCUGCUGUCCUCUUUUCUGCUCUCAGACGCUCAACCUGCAGGGGUUCCCUCUUCCUGAUGUUUCCACGGCGACGCAGGUAAACGCCGACUCACCUCCGGCCAACAGGAACAGGAAGUGGCCGAGGGAGGAGCCGAUGGGGGGGGACAGGAAGCGCAGGAGGAGCUGACGAUCAGCUGACCAGAUCAAUACUAUUGAUCUGAUCAGCUGAUCGUCAGCUGAUCAGAUCAAUGGUAUCGAUCUGCCGGUUAAAGUUUGAUCUGUGAAGAGACGUUUAGGGACUGAUGGAACCCCGACCUGGGAGACUUUUAACGGGAAAAUUCCUCUCUGAGGGCCGAUGUUUCCAGCUGUGGAGCUCCAGAUGUUCCGUAGAUGUUCCCUGGAUGCUCUCUGAAUGUUCUCUGGAUGUUCUCCAGAUGUUCCUCAGAUGUUCUCCAGAUGAUCUUAGACUGUAACAGAUCAUAAGGGAAGUGAGCUGAGAUUUAGUAUCGUAUUUUUAGAUCCAUGACUUUUUAUUAUUAUUUCUGUUCUGUUCAUAUUUUCUGAUGUUUCGAAUUCAUGUUUCUGAAGACUUUGUUCAAACUUUUAGGACAAAUUAAUAAAAAUAUUUGGGCGUUA